AUGGACGUCACGCGCGAGACCAAACAAGCUCUUGACAAUUUGCAUAUUGCCGCUGAAAGAAUGGGAGAGUUGUGGCUAACACAUCAUAUAGGAAUUGCUAAGAGUGUUUCAGCAGGCAAAUCAAUUCUUUUGGCUACUGCAUCUGUAGCGCUAGCAGACGCAGGCAAAUCAAUUCUUUUGGCUACUGCAUCUGUAGCGCUAGCAGACGCACAUGGCAACAAGGUCACUGUGCGUGCUCUCAUCGAUCCAGGAGCUGAGAGAUCAUUCGUCGCGGAACAUGUGCUUUCGCAGCUUUCACUCAAAGCUCAGAAAAUCUCUCGCUUGAUAACUGGCGUGGGAGCUGAGUUUUCGGCUUUGGUGUUGGACAAACUCACUAAUCUCUUGCCAAAAGUCGAAGUUGAUCAAAACCAAUGGUCACAUACGAAAAGUCUCAACCUGGCCGAUCCUUUAUUCUUUAAGCCAAGUCGAAUCGAUUGCAUCCUCGGUGCAGAUGUUUAUUCAUCAAUCAUCAUUGACGGCUUAGUGAAAGGUCCAGCGGGAACCCCAAUAGCUCAGAACUCUAUGUUCGGAUGGAUUCUGACAGGAGCUCCUACGAAUAGUCAAUCGUGUCAUCAUUCUUCAGUUCAGGUGUUUCACACAUACACUGAACCCUCUCUCGAUAAAUUCAUGGAGAAAUUCUGGGAGAUAGAGGAGGUCCCUCAAGAAAGACACCUCACCCCAGAAGAGCAAUUUUGUGAAGAUUACUUCUCUCUUACUUACACUCGCAACCCUCAAGGUCGUUUCGUUGUUCGACUGCCAUUUUUUAAGCAAGUCUCGUUUUCUGGUUCGCGAGAUAUAGCCGUAGCUUGUCUCUUUCGCUCUGAAAAGCGUCUAAACAAAAAUCUACUCCUCGCCGACAAGUACAAGGCUUUCAUGCAGGAGUACUUGGAUUGA